AUGGCAUUAUUUAGAUAUUUAUAUAAACAAAAAAAAAAAAGAAAAAGGGAAAACAUGUCAUCAAGUGCUGUUUCAUCGGCUAAAGCAGGUUCGUCAUCGGCAGCACGACCUGUUUUGAAAAAUUUAACUCGAGCACGAGUACCAAGAGCUGGUUUGAUUGGUUUCAGUCUUGCUGCUUCGGCUGCUCUUGCAUGGAAAUUUCUUAUUUCUGAUCGACAUAAACAUCAAAUAUCAUCAUUCUACAAGUAA